AUGAUAAGAGACAUACGGGAGAAUCCUCGCAAACUACCGAUGGAUGUUGUGAUCGAUCGUCGGCGGGGUCUGCCAAUCCGACCAGCUUCGCAAAUUAUCCCACAAAAGCAGCUGCGAUAUUUGCGACAUCACGCGAGCUUGAUGAGGCCGAAGACGGUUGGAAGCUUGGCGGAGCUUCACGGCAAGAUAAACUCGGAUGCUAUUCUCGACUACACGGUUAGUCGAGACAACGAGCGACUGCGAAGCUUUUUCGAGCCGCAAGCGAACACCCUCCUUCUGACGACUGAUAGGCUGCUUGGUUCAUUGAACAAUAUAUCUUCGCUGCACGCCGAUGCAACGUACAAGACGGCACCUCGUGAGAUAUGCAAGCAAAUCUUCACUUUGCAUGCCAAUUGGCAGGGCCACGUAGGCAUCAUCGCGUGUGCCCUCAUGAAUGAAAGCAACGCAGACGCAUAUGCGUGGGUCUUGAGAUGUUUAAAGGAGAAGGCAUCGACCCUGGAGGUUCCAUCGUAUAUGGGCGAUUGGGAUCUUGCGAUACGUGCUGCCGUCCACUCAGAAUUUCCGCAGGCUACGCUCCACGGCUGUUGGUUUCAUUACUCACAGUGCCUGGUAAGGAGAGCCGGAGGGAUGGGCUUGGCGACCGCCAUCCGACGUCCCGGUCUCGUCCUCUCGAGGUUCCUGUCUUUUUUGGCGUUGCCUCUUCUCCCAGCGCCCCUAAUCGUGAGUACUUUCGAGUACUUCUCCGAACAAGCGCGGUUGUCCCAUGCUGGAUUUUCGAAGUUUCUCAAGUAUGUGGAGUCCCAUUGGCUCAACACGGUUGGUCCCGGCAACCUCUCGGUCCAUGGGUUGGUCCAGAGGACCAACAAUGACGUCGAAAGUCACAACGCCAAGCUGUUGCGCCAGGCCCGCCGCUCGCAUGGGACCGUCUGGAACAUCAUUUCCGUUCUCAUGGGUUUGCUGCAGGAUGCAGCCGUCGAUCGAGUUAGUCAUGAGAUUGGUGAUACGAAUCUGCUGUCCAAACCGAGUCGCGCUACCAAAGACAACAGGAUGAUCCUCGAACACUCCUGGGGACUCCUGGAUAGCGGUGAAAUCGACGGAAUUGAAUUCAUAAACCGGGUGAAAUACAAAGUGGGUAGGAGGAACCACUGGCGAAACCUAACGACGGUGGAUGCUGCGUUGCCAAGGGAUCCGAUCCUCCAGCGUUGGGUAGAUGAAAUGAACGCCCGAAACUCGAUGAACCGGCUCACGGAAACCACGGACACCGCCGGCGGGGAACUCGUGGUUGACCAUGGCUCCGACGAAAUCGAAUCAAGUAGUGACGAUGAACCGGUCUUGGCACGCACGGCUUCCGCGGGUGAUCUCGACGCGAGUACUCUGGACACUUCGUCCGAAGUCCUGCUCGAACAAGAUGAUCGAGAGCGAGCCGAUGCCGGCGCAGUCGUAGCGCAGUCAUUCUUUGAACCCCUUCAUGGACUUCCUGCAUGCGAUGAAAACUCCAAUCUCUAUGGGGACCACUCGUACGCUAGCGAUUUGCCUUUAGCACAGACCUUAGAAUGUCGUCGAGUCAAGUUCGAAUCAAGCCGCAAGAAUGAAUCGCUCCUGGCACUUGCGGCAUCCGAGGGCGAUCCCCGCGCGAGAAUCUUGGUCACAGCGCCUGGGCGCCUGCUCGCAUACGACCAUCUAGGGCGAGCCGACGCCGCAGGAUCGUCGUCUCCACCUAAUUCUGAUACUCCUAUUCAAGAUAGAAACUUCAAGAUCUUCGAGGACCACUCGUACGCUUGCAAUUCGUUUAGAGCACAGACCUCGGAAUGGCGACGAGUCGAGUUCGAAUCAAGCUGCAAGAAUGAACCGUCAUCCCUUCUACCUCCGUCAGAAAUUCCCCGAGACGAUGAAAAUUCGAACUUCCUAAAAGAUCACUCGUAUGCUUCUGCAGGGUUCCCGUCCAAUCUAAGGAACUUGUGUUGGCUCCAAGUCGAGAAUUCGAAUCCUCAGAUACCAGCGAUGAGCAAUCAGAUGGGCCGAGUGAUAAGAGAAGCUCUCGGGAAAGAAGCGGACGUGGUCCUUGUUCGAACGGACAACCUCUCAGUGCGUCGUUCCGACCUGGAAACACUCCGCAAUCAAAACUGGCUGAACGACACCAUAAUGAACGCCUACCUGAAUCUCAUCAGCAAGCGAAGCAAGAUACAUGAAGGUUUGCCGAAGGUGCACGUCAUGAACACCUUCUUUCUGCUGUGCCUCGAAAAAGGCUACGACAACGUUCGAGGAUGGACGGGGACGGCAGAUAUAUUCGCUCAAGAUAUCCUGCUCGUCCCCGUCUACAGGGAUUUCCACUGGUGCAUGGCAAUCAUUCAUGUGCGGAAAAGACUCAUCGUUUACGCCGAUUCACUCGGGGGCAGAAAUGAUGAGUGCUUCCGAGCUCUGAUUGAUUACUUGAGCCAAGAAAUGGCGAGCAAACACAAGCGUGAACUCGUACAGAACGAAUGGAACUUCAAGUACGUAGAUCAUCUCCCGAAGCAAGCGAAUGGAUCUGACUGCGGAGUCUUCGCACUGAAGUUCGCAGACUAUGCCGCCCGGAACUCAAGAGUCAAUUUCAGCCAGAGAGAUAUGGCAUAUUUCCGUCAGCGAAUAACUUACGAAAUUCUUCAGGAGGCUAUCCUACCGACCGGGUACGGAGAAAAUUAUUGA